AUGGCUCCCAAAUUGGACAUUUCUAAGGCUUAUGACAAAGUAGAGUGGUCGUUCCUAGAAGAAGUCAUGGAAAAACUGGGGUUUUGUGACAAAUGUGUGUCUUUAAUGAUGGAGUGUGUGUCAACUGUUACAUAUGCAGUUUUAACAAAUGGCAGCCCAGGUGAGAAGUUCAAACCAACUAGGGGACUGAGGCAGGGAGACACACUUUCUCCCUAUCCUUUUCUAUUGUGUGCAGAGGGAUUGUGUGCUAUGCUUCAAACAGCAGAGGAACAAAGAGAGUUAAAAGGAGUAGUAGUAGCCAGAGGUGGAACAAGAGUGAGUCAUCUGCUGUUUACAGAUGAUUGUAUCAUUUUUGGCAAAGCAAGUUGGAGUGAGUGGAGAAAGAUAAUGAGUAUAUUGGAACUGUAUGAAAAAGCCUCGGGAAAAAGUUUAAAUAAGCAGAAAACUACCAUUUUCUUUAGUUCUAAUGUAAAGAAAAAUGUGAAGGAAAGUGUUCUUAAGGAGUUGGGUGCUAGGUUGGUUACAAGCUGUGAGAAGUAUUUGAGUUUGCCAAUUAUGGUUGGUAGGUCUAAGUACAAUUCCUUUAGAAGCAUAAAGGAUAGGGUCUAG